UAUAUAAAUGUUGUCUUAAACUUAUUCAAAUUUUGAAGAAAAGUUGAGAUGAUGUCAAUGAAUCAUUUCAGUCACCAGCAUAGUUUGUAUUUAGUUAGUUGGAGUUGGGAUAUUUCACCACUGAUUUGCGGCCUGUGCAAUCACUUAAUCAAUUCAUGGGGAGAGAAGUAUUACGAGUGCAGGAGCUGCUACUAUUGGAUCCAUAAAGAAUGUGGUGAGUCGCCGGAGCACAUUAACAACUCCUUGCAUGAUCAACACCCUCUCACUCUUCAUAAGAAGAGAACAUCCUCAUCAUCAAAUGAAACCACUAUUUCUAUUUGCUGCUCUUACUGUGAGAAGCCCCUCGGAGAUGAAUAUGCUUACAGUUGCGAGGAGUGUGCUUUCUACAUGCAUAUCUCAUGUGGUUCAAUUCCAUUGCCCACCAUUACAUGUCACGGUCGUGAGGAUCAAGACAUUGUUCGGUUCUCUUGCCAUCAACGUCCAAUGAUGCUUGUUGAGUUUGGUGGUGGUAACGAUGUACAAGGUAAUAAUUGUUUUGUGUGUGAGUCAUCAUGGUCUAAUCCAGCCUAUUCUUGUACAAUACCUACGUGUAUGAAUUUUCUUCAUAAGUCGUGCGCAGAAUUGCCCCAAAAAAUUAACCAUCCUUUUCAUUCACACCAACCUCUUCAGCUUCAAAUAACUAGGCCUCAAACUUGUGAUGUUUGUUGCAAGAAAGAUUGUAGGCUCAAUUUUAGUUGUCCCAAAAUUGGAUGCAACUUUAAAUUGGGUAUUGAAUGUGCUUAUCUUCGAACAACUGUAAAAUGUCGUAGUCACGAUCACUUGCUUGCUUUGGUGAAGAAUGCUUCUUGUGAUAAUAUUCAAUGUGAUGCUUGUCUAAAGUCUUAUGAGGGAUUACAGAGUCCAGCUGUUGGUACUAAUUAUGAAGUUCAACAUACUCAAUCACUUCUAUUCUCUUGCAUGGAAUGUAAUUACAAGCUCCAUUUUAUAUGUGGUCCAUUGCCAUCUAUUAUUAAAUAUGACUACCACAUUCACUAUUUGGCUCUCGUUGAUUCACUAAUCGAGGAUGAAUCUGACGAAUAUUAUUGCGAUGUUUGCGAAAAGGAAAGGAAUCUACAAUUUCGUAUAUAUAGGUGCAAUGACUGCAAAUAUACCGCACAUGUACAUUGCAUGAUUAGUCAGAUUAUGCAGGGAAUAAAAGGAGAGACAAACACUAACAAUCAUGUGGAGUUGUGGGCCUUAGGCGAAUUUCGAUGGGACUGGAGCAUCGAAAUGGAUAAAGCAGAAGACCACCAACAUCAGACCCUUGGGGACGUAAUGAACACCCUAACCCAAGAGGAAAAAAAAAGAUUAACUCAUCCAGUUGAUCUUUUCUUCAAAUUCGGCUACGAUCAUUACAGAGAUUUAAAUUCUCAAUUUGAUCAGUUAGGAUCUCUUGAAAACUUCAACAAAUUUAAAGAAUUCUUUCAAUCUGACUAUGAUGAUUUUUGGAAUGAAGUGCAUUAUUACACAAGUGAAGAAGGUUUUAAAGUAGAAGGCAAGUAUUUAAGGCAAGAGGUUGUGGAAGUGGCAGGUAAAUACAUGGUCCCCAAGACACUGGCCCCUAUUUUGAAAACAUUCAUUCACAAGUAUGGAGAUCUUGAUGGCCAAUCUAGUUUGUCAAGUGGAAUGAGGAGUGUCAUCUCAACCUUAUUAUCAAUAGUGAUUGACAAAAUGUGCAGAACUAAGGUUGAAGAUGUCACAAUGGAUGAUCUUCAUGAAUGGCAUUUCUAUAUACUUGGCAUUGAAUAUAUCUCAGGCUUCAAUCUAAAUCAAAUUCGAAGUGUUUUAUCCAAAGAGUUCACGAGUGCAUAUUUGGGUUAUACAGCCAUUAGGUGUGAACAAGAAGUCCAUGCAAAGAUAAAUAUGAAGAUUGCAACCUUGGAAGUCCAAUUGGAAAAAUGCAGGAAGAUGCGUGAAGAACUCCCAACAAUCCUUUCUCACAAGUCAUCCACUACAUUAGAGCGCUUAAACAAAGCUUCUAAAUGGAAGAACAAGACUCUGGGGGAGAUCUUGAUGGUGAAUAUAGUAUGACCAGUGAAAUGAGGAGUGUACGACAAAAUGUGUAGAACUAAGGUUAAAGAUAUCUUAAUGGAUGAUCAUAAAGAAUGGCAUUUCUACCUACAUGGCAUUGAAAAUAUCUCAGAUCUGUAUCGAAUUGUGCGUUUUAUAGGAGUUCACAGAUGCCUAUUAUAACCCAUUAAAUGUGAAAAAGAAAUCCCUGAAAAGCUAGAUAUCAAGAUUGCCAACAAUCAAGUCUCACAAGUCAUGUCUUACAAUACUUUGUUCUUUUUUAUUUGUUUCUCUGUAUGUUGUAUUUAUCAGAAUAUAUUAUUGUUGAUUAAAUUCCCUUGUGAGCUGCACAAUCAAGAAUAAGUUACA